AUGGUGGAGAUGGAUCGAGGUGAUAUUCCGUCCGGUUUGAACAGGAUCAAGACCCGGCGCGUCCCUCUGGAGGACAGCUCCGGCGGCGAUGAUUCCCCCGCACGUCCCGUUGCGCGGUUGGAUGAGAGAGCUGCUUCGGGCGCCAGAGGCCCGAGGACUUCGGACGACUCGACGGGGAGCCGGAGGUCUGGCGACGCUAAAGGUUAAUUGAAUUCGUUUGUAUCUCUGUCUAAUUUUGCGGUGAUCUUUUUGAAUUGGAGGUAUGCCUCCGUUCUGUUUUACGUUUCUGGAAAAUUAACGAAGUCUGAUCGUUAUCUGUGUGGUUUGGUCCUGAUCACGAGUGAAGUUGAGUUAGGUUUCGCGUGGCCGAGAUAUCGGGGUGUUGAUUCGUGCUUAAGUUGAUUUUGGAUGCAUGCAAUAAGCCAGGAUGAGGCUUCAGUCAUGUUUGAUAUCCACUGUUGCCAUUGGUAGCUAGAACUAGACGAGAACCGAUGGAAAAGGACCUAUGGUCAGGUUGUGCUUGCUAUUCUAGUCAGGAAGAAAGUGAUACUGAUUAGAACUUCACCUUUGAUGGUUAGUAUGAUGGCAAUGGAUCCGUCGAUAAGUCCAGCAGAAACCUCUCCGUCCAAAAAGUAUAAUGAUGUGUGCUUCUUGAACAGACUCUUUCCUUUCUGUGUACUUUUUCUCAUUCUCAAUGGUCCCAUUUAUCAGUUUAUCUGAAUUGUACAUCACUGGCAAUUGGAAGUUGUCUUCUAUAAGUUUUAGUGCAUCAUUCAAGGUGUGACCAUGGUCUUGACAUUAUUUCAUACUAUUUGUCUGCGAAGCAAGCCAUUUUCCUUAACUGGGGGAAUGUCUUCUUUUACUUCUCAGGAUUUCGCAAAGGGAAGAAGAUUGCUCGUUGGCUCUCAUCAUAUCUCACUGUCAACAACUCCAAUAAAAUUUCUGGGAAUUCUCCUGAACUUGAGGUAAAUCCUUGUUAAGAAGUAUGGAGGAACUGAGUUCGACCAGUAAGUUAGCAUGUAUAUUCAUUUUCCAUUUUUAAAAUUUCCAGUUAUUUUUUUGCAUAAUUUUCGUUCCACAGACCAAAAAACCAGAAGUAAAGAUGCCACGUAAGGGUCUAGUGGGUAGCAAACAGUCAGUCGAUUUGGAGGACGUGACCAGAAAACGAUCGAUGUAUGGAAGUAAUUUCAUGAAAAAGAUGCCAGAGGGAAAGAAAAGUUUUUCCCAUGAAUUAGGUCCAAGGGGCGGCAUUCGUCCUUCUCAACCCCGAGCUCGUAGCUACAGUGAUCUGAAGGUAUUACUUCUGUUAGUACUGUUUUUGUUUGCUAAUAGCAUAGUUCCUCCCUGUUUCCCCUGAUUCCCUAAAAAGAAUAAAAAGAUUCAAGUUUCCAUGCAACACAAUGAGAAUGCAGUUCUUCUGUAUUUUGCAAGAUGCUGAAUCAGGGGUAACCAUCAGCGUAAAAUUAUUCGUUGUUUUUUUUUCAUUUAGGUAUGGUAGUUCAUAUUCCUCAUUUGAGAGCUGUUUCGAACGAUGAUUCAGGAGCUUUUAGGAUCAUUGCAUUCGAAGUGUCAUGCUGCUAAAGAAGUGGUGAAUGUGGAGCUUGCUGCUUUCGCAAGUGACGUUGCUGAGAUCCUUGAGGAAGACUUGCUUUCAGAGACUAAGGGUCCUACUAAGGACCUCUUGCUUCUUGCACAGAAUUGCAUUGAGAUGUCUUGCAAUGAGUUUCGUGAAAUAUGUGAAGGCAUUGUCCAGGAACUUGCUGAGCGGAGACUACAUUGUCAAGCAGAAGUCUUGAAGCAGCUUUUUACACGUAUGCUCUUUAUUGUGACUCGUUACACAAGACUGUUGCAGUUUCAGAAAGAUGGUGGGGUUAUCAGUGAGGAUUCUCUUCACAAGUUCAGGGAGUGUCUGGAAAGCAUUCCGGUCAUUGAAAUGGGUUGGUCACAGAAGCCUGGCAAGCCUGCUGCUGGUUGGACUGAAACUCCCAGCCAGAUCAAUACGCGCCCAAAUCAAUAUCCAAAGCUCCCGGAGGUAAUAUUUUUACCCUUGCAGGAGUAAUGCAUGGACGCCCAGAUUUGUUUUACUAUUUCAGUUUCGUUAAAUUUCAUCAUUAUCCUACUUCCCUCAGAUUGCGUCCGAUCCAACAAAAAAUUAUGGUAUGGACGGCAUGAAGUCUUUCCCUCCACAGCCUCACGAGGACAGUCUUCCUGGAGAAGGUUCCAUGAGACACAAUUUGGAGUCGCUUCAUGAACAAGAGGAGUCUUCAGAGGAGUUGGAUGAAGUCAUAUGUAGGAUAUGUGAAGUGUAUGUUCCUACAGCAAACUUAGAGUCACAUUCCUAUAUAUGUGCGUAUGCUGACAAGUGUGAUUUGGAAGGGUUGGAUGUGGAUGAUCGUUUGGCAAAAAUGUCAGAACUACUGGAGCAAAUAUGCGAGUCUCAUGCUCAAAACAUCAAUCCAUCUUGCAGCAGCCCUGAGACAUCAAGAAUACAGAAUGUCAGCUCAGUAAAUGGAUCCAAUAAUCAGUCCCCAAAAGUGGUCGAGUGGCACAAUAAAGGUCUUGAAGGAAUGUUUGAAGACCUUCAUGAAAUGGACACGGCAUUCUUAGAUGACUCUCAGUCUUCAAAUUUUAAUAAUUUGAAAGGCUGCUUGAGCAUGAAACUUGGAUCUUCUGUCGCAUUUUCUUCAAAUGAAAGCAUGACCCCGGCUUCCUCAACAUCAACUCCAAGAGCAAAUCACUUCGACUUGUUUUGGCUAGAGCACGGUAAUCCCUCUCAUUUGGAGGAUGCAAAUCAGGUGGGCUAUUUCUUCUCAAUUUUUCACGUUUAUAAAUAUUGAAUUGUACAAGCACUCAAGCUAUUUCACUGUCUUUUUGUAAGUAUAAUCACUACUUGUUCUGAAGAGGGAAUAUUUCUUUUUUCUUGGUCUUACACGUUUUUUUGACUACUUUUUGAUUUUUUUUAAAAAAUGAAUGAAUUGUGUUUUUGCAGAUUAAUAAACUUGCUCAAAUCGCUCGAAAGGUUGAAAAUAUUGAUCUUAAAAUGGGAGGGGGGUUGGAGCAUUUGAAAACGUGCAUUCACAAUGUGUGUAACGUUUUGUAUCAUAAUAAGAAAAAAGGCCUUGUAGUGGACACAUUCGGAAGUCGCCUAAAGAACCUGUUGGAGUAAGUUAUUGGACUUGAAGAACUUUCUUUGUAAUUUAUGCUUGAAAUACUGAAUAGAAGAAAUUGUGGCUGAUCGUGAUGCUGAAAAUCAGGGGAAAAUAUCGUCUGGCCAUGGAACAUGCAGAUCAUAAAGGUUCUGAUGAAGCAAGACAACUCGAAGAAGGUGGAGGAUGUUCCACUGACCAUUCUUUCCAGUCUACCACCUCAACUCCAUCAUAUUUAUCACAUAAAGAGCGGACAAGCAUUGAUGACUUUGACGUCAUCAAACCAAUAAGCAGAGGUGCCUUUGGUGAGGUGUUUCUUGCACGAAAACGGACCACUGGCGAUCUAUUUGCAAUCAAGGUGCUGUUCAUGAGGUUUAUAUGAGACAGUGUUACCUUCACGAAGUGCUUUAGUGCUGUCAAUUUUAAUUUCAAUCUAACGUGUCAUACAUUCAUACGAAUUCUGUAUCAAUGCCCUUGGUUCCUUGCAAAACUGCAGCAAUUUGAAUAAUUAUUAUAUCUCCAAAUACUUUCGUCGAAACUCCACAUUUAUCCAUAGGUUGUGACCUCCUUUUUGCUCUUAAGUUUCCUUGACCACAACUGGACUCAGUUGACUCUGAUAUUGGCGAUCUACCUAUCUACUCUUCCCUUUUUUGUCAUUGAUAUUUGGAAAAAAACUUAAGUGCUCGGCUUUUCACGUCCUGACAGGUACUUAAAAAACUGCACAUGAUACGAAAAAAUGACAUUGAACGUAUACUAGCGGAGCGCAACAUAUUGAUUACUGUCCGGAAUCCAUUUGUGGUGAGUACCUUGUCUAACCAUCUAGGUGCUUCUGGUUUCGACAGGAAUGAACCUCUGCCACUCUAAUUUUCGUGCUUAUUGAUUAGGAGUCAAACUGAUUUCCAACUCAUUUGCUAUUCUCUGAAUCUUUCAAAAUCUCGUUGUCCAAAUGUGAAAGGACCUCUCCUAUCACUCCAAGACAGCUGACAUCGGAGCUUUAUUUCUAAUUUAAAUAGUAAUAACCGAGGAAUGAUUUUGCUGCUCGAUUCUUCUUGGUGGUCCUCUAUAAUGUUCAGACGCGUUCAGUGAAAACUUUGACACAUGGAAAACAUGUAGGAUUUGCUAUUUAUACUGUUUGAUGGUACUUUUCUAUAUUUAAAAGUAAUCUAUUUUUUUCUAUCUCUUCCUUCAGGUGCGGUUCUUUUAUUCAUUCACCUGUAGAGAUAACCUUUAUCUGGUUAUGGAAUAUCUCAACGGAGGUGAUUUAUAUUCAUUGCUUAGAAAAGUUGGAUGUUUGGAGGAAGACAUUGCUCGUGUUUAUAUCGCUGAGCUGGUUUGUGGGAAACUGUGUAUUCUUCUGUUAUGAAAGUUCUUUGAAAGCUUUUUUUUCUCAUCUGUUCCCGUCAAAAUCUUAUUGUAUUAGGUUCUUGCUUUAGAAUAUCUCCAUUCACUGGGAAUUGUGCAUCGUGAUUUGAAGCCAGAUAAUAUUCUGAUUGCACGAGAUGGACAUAUUAAGGUGGGUUGAUAACAAGUUUAUAAUAACUUUCCCUUCUUUUUUAAUAAGUUAGAAUGUUUAACUUCAAGGAAUCUUCUAAAGAUGCCAAAUUACCACACUUGUGCCAUUAUUUUAUGAGCUGGUGCACUGUCUGCAAAUAUCCAGCCAUAUCUGGUCACUAAUAUUUAUGUUAUUAUUAUGUUGUCUUGUUUUGAAAUAAUGUUGAAAACUUUUCUCCUCACCAGCUUACAGAUUUUGGCUUGUCACAAAUCGGACUGAUCAACACAGCAGUUGACUUGUCUGGUUCUGGGAAAAGUAACUCCAUGCUUUUAGACCCUCAGGAUGUGCAUGAUUCUACUGAGGAUGCUUGCAAAGAACAGAAGGGAAGUAGGCAUUCUGCAGUAGGAACACCAGAUUAUUUGGCUCCUGAAAUUCUUCUCGGAGCUGAGCAUGGUUUGAAACAUCAUCUGUGCAUCGUUUUUCUCAUUUUCAUGCGACACUGCCAAAAAUAGAUGUCUCACUCUUCCAUUUCUCAAUCCUGCAGGUAAUGCUGCAGACUGGUGGUCAGUAGGGAUUAUCUUGUUUGAGUUCUUAACUGGGAUUCCACCUUUCACAGCCGAGCUUCCUGAGGUUCCUAUACUUCAAUUGGUCUUUUCUUCAUAACCUGCUUGAAGUUCUUUGCCUGCACUUGCACUUCAAUUCAGACAAUUAUUCAUUUUUAAUUUUUGUGGUUUCUAACCUGAAAAUUUCAAUUCUCUAAUUGUAAUUUUAAGGUAAAUAGAAUCAUUUUUCAAUAAACAUUCAGUCUUUGCUGCAAUCUUUUAUGAGACCUCAAACAACUUUUAACCUAACAGUUGAGCUCAAUGAACGAGAAGCACUGUUUGGAAAUUUUUUUAGCAAUCAAUCAAUUUUUAUUUUUUUUAGAUUCGACAUGUAUAUUACUUUUCUAUUUUAAAUUUUUUCUUCAUCCAGCUCUUCCAGUACACUGUAACUAUGGUUGUAUUCUUAGUCACAUGCCAGUUAGGAAAACAGGAGAAGAGACACGCUAUGUGAGUAGAAUUGAUGGUCCUGUGAUGGAAAGCUUUCAGCCUGAACAAUUCUUGGUGAUGAUAUUUGAAUGAUAUAUAUGCGUUUCAUUUUAUUGGUUAAACUGAAUAACUCUGAGGAUACCACGGCGAUGUUUCUGUAUAUAGCGGGUUUUUUUUUCUUAACUUCUACUUUUAGAUCUAUAUCUUCGUAUAUGGAUGUUGAUUUCAAUAAAAAAAUUUCCUCUGGUUAUUUCCGAACAGAGAAUCUUCGAGAACAUCCUGAACAGGAAAAUUCCUUGGCCCGACAUUCCAUCAGAGAUGUCUUUGGAGGCCAAAGACUUGAUCGAGAGGUUUGUUGACUUAUUUUCCACCAUUCUCAAUUGAUUUCGUGUAGUCUUCCAUUCUUUCUCACUGCUGCUGUAAUUUUUUGGACGUGAAGAAGAGGAUUUUAUUCUUCUUUAGGAGUUAGAGCGGACGAACCUAGUUUAGACUUCAGGAGAGACCCUAACAAUGGAGGACUCUCUGGCCGUUGACUUGCAAUUUUAUGAGUACCUGUACCAUACCUGGCCGUUAAGAUUAGGCUCGAUUUGCAUGAUCUAGGAGAAAGUCAACCCUAGGCAGAAGUUCAUUAGUCUUCUUAUGUGGGAGAUCCCUCUGUGCCGCAGAUAUCUGACUGGGCUCUGGCGCCAUUGCGAGUUUCACACUGGCAUUCUCAUGAGUAUUUCUUUACCUAAGCUAUGUCCUCUGACCCUCUUCUCCUAUUCUCUCUCCGCAGGCUUCUUAUUCAAGACCCUGACCUGCGCCUUGGUGCAAAUGGUGCCUCAGAGGUCGUCAUCCUUAACAAUGCGUCUCUGUUCAUAUGCUUCAUCAUCUUGUUGAAUCGAACCGCUGAAAAUGGGUGUCAACACGACUCUCAUUUUAUUUUUUUUAGCGUUAGUUUAUUUAUUUAUUUAUUUAUUCAUUUUCAGGUGAAAGCGCACCCUUUCUUCAGGACAGUGGACUGGGGCAACCUCGCCUUGCAGAAGGUAGUUUGGCGGGUCAUACCAUCGUUUCUCUUUUCCGUUCAUCCUCAGUUAGGUUUUAAUAUGCUUCAAAUCCUCACACGAAUAUACUUUGGAAAAAUAUUUGACCAGUAAAUUAUAUUCAUGGAGCAUUAAAUGGGCAACGUAUUUUUUUAAUAAAAUAAAUAAAUAAAAACUGCGGCUGCCACCAGUCGUUGACUUUUGUCUGUCUACAUUUCCCUGAAUCCUCGUUCUCAUGCCCGGAUCUUGCCCAGAUCGCUUCGAUAUUGUAACCUACUCUUAGCGGGCUCAUUUCAAUAUCCUCCGAUUCUACACCCACAUGAUUUGAUUGCAGGCUGCUUUCAUCCCAAAUCCCGACAGCGCCGACGACACGAGCUACUUCUUGUCGCGGUAUUCGUCAACCUCCUUGCAGACUCCAGAAGACCCGAAUUCCAGUGACUGCCCCUCCGAGGCAACUGAUUCGAGCUCACAUUACGAGGUCAUCGACGUAUGCUCUUUCACCCUCAUACUUUCAUUCAUAUAUUUUCAUCGCAUUAUUCCUAUUCUUGCGCGCCUUGCCAAACUUGGGUGCAGCUUCAUCUAUUUAUGUCACCAUAUUUGCUAAGAGGCCCUGAUUAGGAAAUAACAAGAUCGAAUUUAACAUGUUUUCAGGGACAUUUAUAUUUAUCUUGACAUACAUUUAUAGAUUAUUCAUGUGUAAAUGCGUCAAAUGUGGGAUACAAUUAGGGGUUUGACCAUAUAGAGUAUGGAAUCUAAUUUGGGUGAUCCCUCUGAGAUGAUCUAGGGAACUGGGCAUUCAAACUCGUGAGUCCGGUUUUGUGUUACUCUCUCUCUCUCCCCUUCGUGCAUGGAUAUGAAUAUAUGGGAGGCCAGGUCUGACCCCCAGCCAGCCCGUUGACGUCCCCCCAUUCUGUGCCUCUUUUGGUGAUCGACAGAAAAUGUCUGGUUUUUUUUCUCGAUUAAAGUUUUUAUUGUGUAUCCAUAUCUUGAAAAUCAUCCAUAUUUAAAACUCAGACCAUCAUAACCUUCGUGCUUUCCACACUCCAGGUGGACCAAUCAUGUGAAUGGAGGGACUUGUCCUCUUCUCCUCGCGUUGACCUCUCCGGGAUCAACUUCUCUUUUAAGGUGAAUAUUCUUGAACCUACUUUUUAGCUGUCGACUUCUGCAUACUUUUUUGCCAAAUAAGUCUGGAAUCUGAUCAGCUGACCAGAUUUAAUCGGCCAUGGUUAUCUCAAGAACCCGGCUGGAUCAGUCCGAAUUGGUCGUAGAUUAGUCCCAAAGAACUGGUUGACAUUGAUCCGUGCCAUGCGAUGAUGAAUGCUUCACCUUUCAACCGCUGACUCAAGGUUGUCUUGCAGAAUCUUUCCCAACUUGCCUCCAUGAACUACGACGUCCUCUUGCAGAGUGGAAGAUUACCAAAAUCUUCGUCCCCAUUGAAAGGUCCAAGUUCUCAACCUUAG